AGUCCGUCGCUCAAAGCGGAUUAGCGCGUGAUCUUCGCCAAGCUCCGCCAAGCUCACUGAGCUCAUCACGAACCUCACGUCAACCAGCAAUUACACAUCGACCCCCGCAACUCCGCCUUCACCAUGCUCUCCCGGCGCAUCGCAGCGGCGCGCCCGCUUCCCGGCUCCGUGCUGCGCUCGUCCGCCGUCCCGCAAUUCACCCAGCGCCGCACAGCACUCACCGCACACGAGCGCGCCGAGCUAGCCGACCCCAACCAGAACGGCGGUUACAUCAACCCGCCCCUCGAGAAGCGCAACAACCGCGACCCCUAUGCCGACUGGUGGGACAAGCAGGACCGCCGCAACUACGGCGAGCCCUGCCACGAGGACCACGAUAUCCUUGGUGCGGUCUCGCUGCACGACUACAACCACUUUACUCCCGGAUGGGGAGGCGUGCUAUUCGGAACUUUCGUUGCGACAGUGAUUGGCCUGUGUGUGGCUGUGAACCAGAUCUACCCGGACAAGAUCAGUGCCCCCAAGACAUACCCCGAUGGUCUGGAGGCUGAGCUCGGAGGAAAGGGCGCUAUGCUGGCCAGGAAGCCCGGCGCGGAAUGGUAGAGGAGGAUGCUGAAAAAAAGCUAUGUGUAAAUACCACCGGUCAAUUCUGCAAUGGACGCUUUCAUAUGUUACAUCUCAUGCCCAGAUCAUCGCAGAUCAUAUCCUCCCUUCCUUCAUAAACCCCUACAAAGUACCCUACAAAGUACCUGGUGUCUCUCGCAUUUCCUCCCCCUUCCGACGUUCCUCUCUGCUGCGUCCUUCACCCAUGUGUUCUGCGACCGCGUGUUGUGCUCGAUAGUUACAUCAAAGUUACU